AUGUCGGGGGGGAUCAAUACUGUAAUCUUCCUCUCUUUCACAUUGGCCCUAGGGUUCUUGAUGGUCAUCCUCUCUUGUGCGCUAUGGUCGAACUGGAUGCCGUUUUGGUCAGCGGUUUCCUUUGCUUUGGCCCCUGCACCGAAUGUUCUGUUCGGCGGAUUGGCUGGUGCUGAUAGCUUUUCGGAUUACAACAAGUGCGUUAUUCCAUCCUCACUGACCUAUAGUGCGUACUUGGACUUUGGCUACUUCCUCACAGGACUGCUUCUCAUGACUGGCGUGGCGCUGCCACUCAUGCUGGCUCAUACUAGUAUCAUCACAGGCACAGCAGCUCUCUUAUCUCUGGGCGGAGGUGUCCUCAUCUAUGGUACAAUGAUGACCUACGGCGCCUUCUUUCAUACCCCUGACGAGUUCUGA